AAUCAGUGUCGGAUUUUAGUAAACUGAUAGUUGUGAAGUGUAUUUUUUUGCCUGUCUAUUGGCCCCAUUACAACAGUUUCAUAUUUCCCCCCUUCAUCAAGGUGCUGAAAGCCCUCUCCUCCGUUGUGCACCUCCGGCCAAAAUUUCCCUCCACCACACCAGGCGACAGCCUCCAGCACAAUGCCUCAGCCAUUGAGUUCAAAAGAUGGCUCAUUAUUCCGCCAGGUAGUGCGGCAUUGUGAAAAUAAACAAUAUAAGAAAGGGCUCAAGACUGCCGAACAGAUCCUCCGCAAGAACCCCAACCAUGGAGACACACAAGCAAUGAAAGCGCUGAUGAUCAGCUAUCAAGGCCAACAAGAAGAAGCAUUUGCGUUGGCCAAAACAGCUCUAAAGAACGACAUGAAGUCCCAUAUCUGUUGGCAUGUCUACGGCCUGCUCUAUCGCGCCGAGAAAAACUACGAUGAAGCGAUUAAAGCGUACCGAUAUGCCCUGAAACUCGAGCCGGAGUCCCAGCCGAUCCAGAGAGAUUUGGCAUUUCUUCAAACGCAAAUUAGAGACUUUCAGGGAUAUAUACAAAGCCGGACAGCAAUGCUGCAGCAGAAGCCCGGCUUUCGCCAGAACUGGACUGCGCUCGCAAUCGCGUACCAUCUUUCAGGCAAUUUAAGCGAGGCAGAAAAUGUUUUGACAACUUAUGAGGAGACUCUGAAGACCCCACCACCGAGAACUGAUAUGGAACACUCAGAAGCUAUACUGUAUAAGAACUCCAUAAUCGCGGAAUCCGGAAAUAUUCAAAAGGCCCUUGAACACCUCGAUGCAGUCGGUAAUCAAUGCUUUGACGUGUUAGCCGUUAUGGAGAUGCGGGCGGAUUACCUUUUAAAGCUGGGCAGAAACGACGAGGCUGUGGCUGCAUAUGAGGCAUUGUUGGAACGGAACCCUGAAGAUUCGCACUAUUAUGAUGCUUUACUGAAAGCAAAGGCUAUUGAUGAGAAGGAUCACGCAUCUUUAAAAGCCGUUUAUGAUUACUGGGUGGAGAAAUAUCCGCGAAGUGACGCACCACGUCGCAUACCGCUGGAAUUUCUUGAAGGGGAUGAUUUUCGCCAAGCUGGAGACGCGUACCUUCAACGCAUGUUGAGAAAAGCUAUACCUUCGACUUUUGCUAACAUUAAGUCCUUAUACACCAAUUCAUGGAAACGCGACACCGUCCAGGAGCUUGUGGAAGGAUAUGCAGCGGGAAAUUUCAGCAGUCAAGUUAAUGGCUCUACAGAGCAGAACAAUGGGGAUAACUCUACCUUUGAAUGUUCGGUAUAUUAUUUCCUCGCCCAGCACUACAAUUACCACCUUAGUCGUGAUCUAGAAAAGGCCAUGUCGUAUAUUGACAGAGCCAUCAAACUAUCUCCAACCUCCGUUGACUAUCACAUGACCAAGGCGAGAAUAUGGAAGCACUAUGGCAACCUUCCAAAAGCUUCAGAGGUUAUGGAUAUGGCACGGUCGCUAGAUGAAAAGGAUCGGUACAUCAACAGCAAGGCAGCCAAGUACCAACUUCGAAACGAUGAAAAUGAGAAGGCAAUCGAUACUAUGAGCAAAUUUACACGCAACGAAACUGCUGGUCCACUUGGUGACCUUCUUGAGAUGCAGUGCGUUUGGUAUUUGACUGAGGAUGCUGAGUCAUACCUACGCCAGAGGAAGAUAGGACUUGCACUGAAAAGAUUCCAUUCCGUUUACAAUAUUUUCGACAUUUGGCAAGAAGAUCAAUUUGACUUCCAUGGGUUUUCUUUACGAAAAGGUAUGAUCAGAGCGUACGUUGAUAUGGUUCGAUGGGAGGACCAAUUACGAUCACACCCAUAUUACACGCGCGCAGCCCUCGGCGCCAUAAAGGCUUACAUUUUGUUGCAUGAUGAACCGGACCUUGCGCAUGGACCGAUUCCAGUGGGGACAAACGGUCUUGAUGGACAUGCAGACAGUUCAGAGAGGAAAAAGGCUCUAAAGAAAGCCAAGAAGGAACAGCAAAAGCUGGAAAAGGUCGAGGCUGAAAAGACGAAGGCCAGGAAGGCCGCCACGACAGGCGGCGGUGGAGAUGCCAGGAAGGAUGACACGGAUCCACUGGGCCUCAAUCUUGCACGCACAUCCGAUCCAAUGAAGGAUGCAUUGAAGUUUUUGGACCCAUUGUUGGAGAUGUCGCCCAAAAAUAUCGAAGUGCAAACCGCGGGAUAUGAAGUUUACAUUCGAAGAAAGAAAUACCUCCUGGCUCUCAAAUGUCUGCUUGCUGCCCAGGCCAUUAAUCCCUCCGAUCCUACAUUGCACGUCCAGCUUGCUCGAUUCCGCAAGACUCUCAACGAGCUCUCAGAACCUCUCCCGGCCGAAGUUCAAGAAAUCGUGACAUCAGAGUUCGAGACUCUCCUCCCGAAGUCCCAGGAUCUUGCAGCAUGGAACGAUAGCUACCUCACCGAAAACAGCUCCAGCGUCCCCCACAUACAUGCCGCGCUCACUGUCAGACGGAUCAUAGCCCCAGAGCAAAAGGCCCAGACGGAAAAGGACUUAGCAUCCUCGAUUGACCUAGAAACUGCAUCCAUAGAAUCAGCACUAGCCGGUCUCCAUCUCCUGGAUGACUGGCGCAGCGGGCCCGAGGCGAAGACUUCGUACAUAGGACAGGCAAACACCAGAUGGAAAGAAGCUUCAGUCUUCCAGCAUCAAUAGGAGCGUUGAUUGUAGACUACCUUUUUGCUUUUCAAAUAGCGUUUCUGAAGCCCCAUUAGCAGG